CGCAUUUGAGAGUGCUAUGGCUCUGCCACCUUCCACCACCGCUGACCCCGCGUCCGCCACCAUCGACGCCCUCUCAAAAGGAUGGAUGGGUUGUUACGGAAGAUGGAGGAGGGGCUUGCAAGGAUUAGUACCACCCCCAAGCUCGUCCCGUCCUCCCCUCCAUCCUAGGGGGCACCGCCGCCCUCAAGCACAGCAUCGGCGCUCUCCAAUCUAACCACGGCGCAGGUCGCCACCACCGGUGCGUCGGCUCCUUCGCCGACACCCGCGGGCGCCACGACGGCCCGCGUUGGCAACACCAACGCGCGUGCACGGACUGCUCCUUCGCCUACACCCGCGGGUGCCACGACGGCCGGCGUUGUCGGCACCGACGCACGCUCAUCGAUGGCUCCUUCGCCUCCAACCGCGGCCGCUGCGACGACCAGCGUUGUCUGCACCAACUCACCCUCGACGAAAACUCCACCGACCUCCAAGGACGCAUCCCCAGCCUCCUUUGCUGCCCGUGACCCAUCCACCUCGAGAAGCGCCCAGAAGGUGUUCGAUGGAAUGCUUUGCAAACCUGCAGCAAGCGUUCUUCACAUCACAAUGGCCGAGUACACAACAGAUAAGAAUGACUACAUGCGUGGCUUUUUGCACGUCCGUGAUCACCGCAUCGGCAAGAUUUCGAUGAAGCGGGUCAAGCACAUCAAGCGGAAGCUUGCGGCGUCCUCGCCUCCGACCGCGGCGCCAGACCAUGCCCGCUGCUGCUCUGACCAUUGGGCGGGGCGCACCGCUAAUGGCACCAGCGCCAACCCAUGCCCAGGCUUCAUCAAGUGCUAAAAAUGGAGUCACAAGUUUCAUGCUAACAUCCAUACAAGCAACAGUUGCUUCAAGUGCAGAGGAUGGGUUCCCCAUCAGAUCACCCAUCACGUGCUCAAUGCAAAUUCAGAGCACCAUCAUGCCAAUAGCGCCCGCGAGCAACUCUACAGCAACAUCAGUGGAUUCCACAUUGGCCACCAACAAGAGCAACUCAUUUGAGUGCAAUGAAAUCAGGUACAUCACCAACACCAUCCCUGAAUGAUCAAUUGGUGUUGUUCAUGUUGCCGAGAAGGUAUAUGGGAGAAUGAUUGCUCAGAAUCCAUCGCCUACGACUUUAGUCAAGGGACCAGGGUCAUCUGUUUGGAAUCCUAAGAAAAUUGACAUUGUGCCAAAACCCCCCAUGGCCAGUGAUUUGUCUAGAUGGCACUAGUUCCAAGGGAGAGUUAGUUGACAUUAGGCAUGAGUGUGAUUUUACUACUCAGAUUGCAUGGAUCCUAUGGCCACAUCUUCAGAAGGACAGGAACACCUUGCUCAGACCAUUACCUUGGCCAUCCUUCAAUUGUCAUAUAUUGGUUAUGCAGUUGGAAAAGUUGUUGCCAAUAAUGUUUUGUUAUUCCAUCACUAAGUGCAAGAUGAAGUUGCUAACUGCUGGAAACAGAGAGCUUAUUAUACUUAGCAACAAAGCUAGUGUGUGUUUCCUAUAUCAGAGUGCUAUUUGGUUUAAAGAUGAGACCUCCAAGUUGUGUUGCAAAUGGUUAAUGGCAGAACCUGCUCAGUGCAUCUCUGGGAAGUUACAGUAUGACCACUACAAGAUACCGAAGCACAGAGCUUAUGCUUUAUGCAUUUAUGGGAAAAUUUCUUGGCCACCACCUGUUUCUGUAUGGAGUUCAAAUCAGCAUCAGUUCAACAAGUUUUGGAGAGAUAGCCUCAUGUGCUACUCAGAUUUGAUCGUCAAGUUUAAUUUGUCUGGAUGUCUGCAAAGUAUUUGCUUGAACCAGAGAAAUGAGCUUGAUAAGUUUCAGCUUGAUGUCAAAAUUUUUGCAGCAAGUCAUUCAGAUUAUUUGACAAUAGUAGCUCCUAAUUCCAUUUGGGGGAGUGAAGUCAAGAUCUAUACCAUAAUAUGUAUGCUGGACAGAUUCAAGUGCAAUGGUGCUAUGGCCAAUUCUUUUAGAGUGUUUGUUCUAUCACCCUUGGUUCAGUCAAGGAACAGUGCACUGAUUGUUUGGCCAGGUGAUUUACAGCUGCUAGUUGAACUGAAGCAAUGUGCAAAUAAAAAGAACAAGAAGGUGCUGGACCUUGACCUCUACUGCUUUGUAUCUGCAUAUGGACUCCUACUGAUGUGGCCCAGAUGCAGUUUGCACAUGGCAUGGUUGGCCUGUUAUUCAGAUGAUGUGGUUCUGCACUCAAAUGAUCACAUUGCUGGACCACUAUUGAAUAAAAGAGAGGUGUGGAUGAGGCACAAUAACUCUGAUGGUCCUAUCCUUCAAUUUCAUCUUAUCUCUACACGAUUACUGUCUCAACCAAGUGGGAUUCUGCUAGCAUGUGAGUUGAAACAAUUGGAGUCACAAGAUUCAUAUCAACGUGGGUUCAACAAACAAAGAUCAAGAUGUUCAGAAUCAGUAAUAAUGACUGCACUGCCCUGUGCCUUGGCAUGUGAAUUGCAGGAAUGUGCUCAAAAUUUCCAGUUGGGUGCAUGCUUUUGGGGAAGCCUGAUUUACUUCUCAGAUUCACUCUAUCAACUUGCAUGCUAUGAACCAAGUGAUGAUCCAUGUGGUCAACUACCUUAUCUUUUGGUUGGCAUCAUGAUAACUGUGCUCGACAGCAUACAUGCAUGUUGGAUGGGAGCUCAGUUUCAGUUCAUCGGCUUGAGGGCAAGCCACAUUUUAAGUGGGGGAGAAUGUCAUGGACUGGGCUGCCGUGUGAGCCCAGUGGGCCAGGAGAUAAUGAAGGCGGCGGAGGCCUGUAUACAAAAGGACAAGAGAAAUGAAGGCCACGACAUCGAACAACAAAAGAAGAGACGUCAUCUUCUUCCUCUGUCCAAGAACUUGCCCCAGUAGCUUCUUGCUAUUCCUCUUGAAUCUCUGCUAUUCCUAGUCUAGAUUCACUCUGAUUCCUCCCCAACUUGUAUCAAUACUCUUGUAUCAGUGAUUUGACAGUGGAGGUUCGUAACAAAUUGGGACAAAAGAGGUGGGCAAAUUGGUUGUCGCCAUCACCCUGCCUUACAAACUAGGAUAGGUUUGUAUGGCUAUUCUGCAGAAUUGUCAAGUUUGCGCAGGCAACAAGACAGUGCUGCGUUAGCUUUACACGGGCCGGAUGUGCCUUCUUUCUC